AUGGAGGCAGAUAUGGCUGCGGUAAAGGUGGCCAUGAUGGAAUUUGCACGACCUUCUAUGGAGGCCAGGUCGUCUAGUGGUCUUUGCGAGUACGGCUGUUCACGGCCCGAUGACGAAAGGCUAUAUGGAUGCCAGACUAGGAUGGGGGAUGCUAUGGUGAGGAUUCGCGACACGCCAGUAUGGUGGAUGUACAUGAGGUUAAGCCCACCGAUUUUCAUGGGCGCACCAGAUGAGGAUGCCUAUGAGUUCAUCGUGAUCACGCAGGAGCUACUCCAUGCAGCAGGGAUCAUGGAGACCUUCGGAGUUAGGUAUGUUACCCUUCGAUUCAAUGGUGGCGCGAGGUCAUGGUGGAGAGACUACCUUGCUAGCAGGCCAGCGUGCGCGUGCCCAUUUACAUGGGACCAACUUUAUGGGGUGUUUCUGGAGCGGUACUUGCCACGUCCGCGGAGGGACGAACGUCAGUGUCAGUUCCUUGACCUUCGUCAGGAGGGAAUGCCGGUUGCUACCUAUGCACUAUCCUUCUCCUAUCUGGCUCGUUACUCCUACCCGUUGAUUUCGAUGGAGUUCGGCAGGAUACGGUGGUUCAUUAGCGGGUUGGAUGGUCCUCUGCAGCUACUCUAUAUCCAGCUGGAGGUCGAGAGAGCUUCAUUCCAGACCAUUGUUGAUAGUGCAGUGAGAGUUGAGGCGAUGAAACCUAGGGCUGCUUCAUCUGGGUCUUCAGUUUCUGUGUUUCAGCACUCGACUCCUCUUACCUGUUUCUCUUGUGGAGUGGUUGGGCAUGUUUCCAGGAGAUGUCCCUGA